UUAUGUAAUUAACAAAAAAAGUUUUUAAAAAAUUGUUUAAGGGCCAAAAAUAUUAAUUCGAUCAAUAAUAUACAUUUUAUUUUCUAUAUGAUAUUUUUUAAAUAAUUUUCAUAUAAAUUUACCUUGCACAAGACAUAUGUCUUAUCCUAGUACGGUUAUAUAAAGAGUACAAUAAUUGGCUCCUUAGAUAAAGAGAAUAAAUAGUUGGACUUAACAUUUAUCAAUAGGUCAUGAUCCUAUUUUAAUAGAAUAGAUGAUGAGAAAAUUUAAAACUAUGGCUGGAAUUAUUAUCUGAGAUAACGGAUUUGAUUCGAGCAGAUCCGGAUCCGCUCCAAAAAUCCGAAUAUCUGAAGUGACCGAAUCCGAAUACUAAAAUGUUUGAUCCAGAUAUCUUGAUAAUAAUUACAAAAUACAAUGACAUAUAAAUAAUUAUAUUUAUCUGAAAUACUAUUGAUUAAAUAGUUGUAAUUUUAAGAACAUAAACACAUUUUAAUCAUAAGCGUAUUUUAGUAAUUUUCAAUUUGUGUGAAAAGUUAAAAUGACAUUCUUCAUUAAACGGAGGAAGUAUUAUUUUGAAAUUUAAUUUCAUAAUAAUUCAUAAUUGAAAUAUUAUGCUUUUAAUUUAGAAAUUAAUAUUGAUAAUAAAAUAAUUUAAAUUCAUUUUAUAUUAAAUUCAGUUUAAAGAACCGAAUUCCAAAUUAAUGAUUAGUAUGUAACUAAUUUUGUUUGUUAUGAAUUUACUUUCACUUGAUCUGAAUUUUUUUAUUAAACUUUCUGUUAUAUUCACUCUCACAACGAAAUCUUAUUCUUAUCAACAACUUUUUAAUUACUGUUUACCUUUCAUUUGUAUAUUCAUUCUUAUUAACUAUUCUUCUAGUGGUCAUCAUUCACCAGUCUGAUGACAUGUUUCUAAUAGGUUUAUCAUCCUUCAAGGGUUCUACCACUUGUAUACCAACCAUUUGCGGUUGGAACAAUCGUCAUUCUCGCAUACCAUGAAUCGAAAAUCAAUACUCGAAAGCGAAUACUAGUCGGUUACAUUCUAUUCACAAUAUCCACGUUCUUGCUCAUAAUGUUGGACUUGACAACAAAAGGUCAAGGUGGAAUCGGACCUUAUAUCGGUUUAUGCGCAGUUGUAUCUUUGUUUGGCAUCGCGGAUGCUACUGUUAAAGGAGGAAUGAUUGGUGAUUUAUCUCUAAUGUGCCCUGAACUCAUCCAGUCAUUCAUGGCUGGCUUGGCUGUAGCUGGUGCUCUAACCUCAGCGCUUAGGCUAAUAACUAAAGCAGCCUUUGAGAAAUCAAACGACCGUCUACGAAAAGGCGCAAUGAUAUUCUUAGUAAUUUCAACAUUCAUAGAAUUCCUCUGUGUGAUGCUAUACGCUUAUGUGUUCCCAAAACUACCCAUCGUCAAAUGUUACCGACAAAAGGCAGCUUCAGAAGGAUCCCAAACUGUUUCUGCUGAUCUUGCUGCUGCUGGUAUCCAAUAUCAAUCAGACAUGACUAAUUAUGAUUCCAAGAGUCAAAGGCUAAGUAAAAAAGAUCUAUUGCUUCAAAACAUAGACCAUGCAGUGAAUCUAUUCCUCAUCUAUGUUUUGACAUUAUCCAUUUUCCCUGGGUUCUUAUACGAGAACACAGGACAACACGGGUUAGGGACUUGGUACGCACUUGUCCUAGUAGCGGUGUACAACUUUUGGGAUUUGGUUGGGAGGUACAUGCCGCUGGUGAAAUGGCUGCAGACUAAAAAUAGGAAAGCACUUACAAUUGUGGUUUUGUCCCGUUAUUUACUCGUUCCGGCGUUUUACUUCACCGCAAAAUAUGGUGAUAAAGGAUGGAUGAUUAUGCUCAUUUCUAUUUUGGGAUUAAGUACUGGCCAUCUCACUGUUUGCAUUCUCACUGUAGCCCCUAAAGGUUACAUGGGUCCGGAGAAGAAUGCAUUGGGGAAUCUGCUGGUGACUUUUAUAUUAGGAGGAGCACUUACAGGAAUUUCUUUGGGUUGGUUAUGGCUUGUUGGUAAAAAAGAUGCUUUCUAAGUGACUAAGUUCUCAUCAACGGUUACUCAGAUGAGAACGUAUUUGGCUUCAUGAACUUUAAUUUGUACACAGACUUUGUUAAUCAAUAAUAUUCGGCCAGCAAAA